AUGGAUCUUCCUGGAGGAGGCGUAAAAAAGUUAGAAGAUGAAGACAAAGGUGACAAACGCGAUAUCAAGCCAGUGGUCAAGACUUUGAAUCGAGUUCCUCGUGCUUGCAAUGCUUGCAGAAAACAAAAGAUGAGAUGUGAGGGAGCGGACAAUCCACCCUGUAGGCGCUGCCGGAACACUGGGCUAGAAUGUCUCUUUGAAAAACCCGUAAGGGAAGCGACCUUGACUGGAGAAGCUGGACUAGAGCGUAUCCGGAGUCUCGAAGCGCACGUCUCAGAGAUUCGACAGACUCAAAAUACAAUCUCAAACACGCUCUCGGAGCUUCUAGCUCAUGUCAGGGGCGGGGGAUUUUCUACUCGAUCACCUUCUAUGUAUCCUCCGACUUUUCAUCAGUCUCCAAGUUUAAAUUCUCCUUCGAUGUCGACGCCAACGGCCAGUCACCAGCACGUCAGCGAUGUUCAUCAUCCGUCACCUCCAGGCGGCCCUACUACCUUUGGCCCGGCGCAUGCCUCCGGAUCCGCGCCAACCCGCGCAGGUCGAGCAUCAUUGCCAAAUGUUUAUCAGGGUCCUACGACUCAGCCUUCCCCCUCUGGAGAAACUCAUCAAAUUCCACCGCCUUAUGGGAACUUUCAUCACAGUGGACAGUCUUAUAUUCAGAAUCAAACACCUCACGGACCCGUACUCCCUCCAUUCUCAAGUAUCCAGACGAUGGGUCCCCCAUCGUCCCAGCAAAGCAAUGUAUCAUCUGUCCGUUACCAGGCGGCAGACGCCCAGAGAUCAGGAAAGUACCCCACCUCUGGUUCAAAACGGCACGCACCUCCAUCAUCUAAUGUGACAAGUGCCGAAUCCUCAGACUUCGAUGAGGAGGAUAAUGGCGAACUCCCCGCAUCUGGCCUUGUGGCUCCUUGGGAGGUUCUGCGAGGGCUGGCGGAUGUUGCGAUCGAGCGCGCCGCGAAAGAAAACGGAGAUAGCAGUGAACCUCAAAGCCGUACGAGAACACCGUCUCCAGACAGGAACUCAAGACCAUCAAAGCGAAGAAAGAUAAGACACAAAGUGCCACGUAGCCUGACAUUUCCUGACGUCGUCACAAAAAACAUCAUUACUGAAGCUGAGGCCCGAGAACUUUUCAGAAUGUUAGUUUCUACAAUGGCUGUUCAACGUUUCUGUGAGUGUCUCUGUGUUGCUCAUCAAAAGGAACACUUCUCAUCCGUCGCAAGACCUGUAUUUGAUUCUAAUGUUGACACAUAUGACGCUUUACACGAGCGCUCUCCUUUUGCCAUUGAUUGUAUCUGCAUGGUUGCGGCUCGUGUCCGGGAUGGAGGAGGAAAAGCCAGCGAAACAUAUCUUCAAUGUCUCGAAGAAGUUCAGGCUAUCUCUUGUGCCACGCUCUUUGCGCCUGUUAUGAGGAGUGAAGCCGUUCAAUCGAUGAUUUUGGUUUCUGGUUGGUCUGAUAAUGGAUGGUUAAGUGGAGGGCAUGCCGUUCGCAUGGCUAUGGAACUGUCUAUGCAUAAGGCCUGGCCGAAGCUCCUCAGGCGCAUGAAUGCCAAUAAAACGGAUCCUAACGGAGACCGAGAGCUUGUGAUUGCUUCACGGACAUGGUUUUGUCUGUACUUGUUUGAGCAUCAGCUUUCGUACGGAACUGGUCGCCCAGCUGUUCUCAAAGACGACGAAAGUAUCAGGGAUUGUCGUUAUCUUCUGCGGCACCCUCUCGCUAUUGAGGAUGACAUGCGGUUGGUAUCUACAGUAGAGCUCAUCUCCAUCAGAGAACGAGUGCACAAUGCCUUGGCUCCAUUUGAAGUCCCAGUCAAACCCGAGCAUUUUGAGGAGCUCCGGCGAGCAGAUGCUGACUUUCGGAAUUGGUAUGCAACAUGGGACCAAGCCUUCUCCCAGAAAUACGAGGAUGCUGCCUUUUAUCGACAAAGUCUCCAAAUUCAGCAUCUCCAUGCUGAACUAUUUCAUAACGCCACAGCCCUGCGGGGCAUCAACGGACCGGAAGAUGUCCAGAAAAUGCCAAUUGCUCAAAGAGAACUUGCUAUUCGAUCGAUCCAGAUUGCUCGUCAGGGUUUAGAAAUCACCGUAACAUCGCCAGCGUAUAGAGAGGGAAUGAAGUAUGCCGUCCAUUACACACAUGCCACAGCAACCUUUGCUGCAUCAUUCUUGUUGCGUCUUGCCCGCCUUUUCCCAACUGAUUGCGACAUUGUUGAGAUCCGUAAUCAAGUUGAACGACUCGCCAGUUUGAUGGCAGAAAUACCAGGCAAACGCUAUGCCACGACGCUUCAACUCAUGUUGAAGCGGUCCAAGAAAAGAAAAGCAGGUUCGACCUCUCGCUCUCCGAAGACUUCGCGUGAACCCCAGCGCUCGCUUGCGAUGGUGGUCGACCAUUCGACGAGCAAUCUCCCGCCACCUGUCCCAAUAUCCCAACACAGAAAUGAAUCUUUCUCACCUGGGUACGAUAUACCCUUCUCGAAUGCAGACAGCCAGAUGCAAGGUCCAGCCAUCCCCGCCACUGCCAUACCACACCAACAUCUACACACCCAACAACAUCCAAACAAUCCUGAUGCGGAGCAAAUCUGGCGGGGUUUUGAGAUGACUUCUACCGAACAGCUUCCUGUUUGGAUAUCCGAUCAGAGCCUUGGAGGAAACUCAUUCUCGCAGCACGGAAUGGAUGCCUUCUUGUUACCCAGUGAUUAUCUCCCGCCUGCUCCCCAAAUCUGGUAA